AUGGAGUAUUGUGUAAUUUGCAAGGAAUUAUCAACCAAUGGCCUCGAAACAGUGGAACUUAGGCAAAAAGGAAGCGAUGGCAUCAACAAUGCAAGUAAACUACGUGGCGACACACUCCAAACUUUUGCAGGACAGCGUGUACAUCAAAAAUGCAGGCAGAAAUACUGUCAUGUAAAGGUUAUUCGUUCCUACAUAAAGAAACAUACGGCUGAUGAAGAAACAUCCUCUAGUGCAAGUCGUACCCUGCGUUCCAGUGAACCAACAUUUGAUUUUGGUGAACGAUGUUUAUUUUGCAGCCAGCCUGCUAAACUUACGGGAAACAAAAGAGGACAUGAUGUUUUUCCUGUUAGAACAUUAGAUUUUCAAACCACAUUAAACCGAAUUUGUGAGGAGCGAAGAGACGGUUGGGCUGAGAAAGUGCAUGGCAGAAUAUCUUUUUCCCAAGAUCUCAUUGCAGCAGGUGCAAUUUAUCACCAAGUUUGCAGUACCAAUUUUCGGACGGGGAAGCAAGUACCGCUUUCUCAUCAAACUAACGGAAGCAAACGACAAAAGAAAGGCAGGCCAACUGAUAAGUCUAGGCAGGAGGCAUUCUUGGAGGUUGCAAAAUAUCUUAAGGAAAACGAUGACGAGCAGAUAACUGUGAACGAUCUUAUGAAUAAGAUGGCAGAAUUCAACGACCAAGAACCUUACAGCGCACGGUAUAUGAAAGAAAAACUUAAAGAGCAUUUUGGAGAAAACAUCGUAAUUGCUAGUAUCAAUGGUAAGGCUGAUGUCGUAACAUUUAGGAGUACAGCUUCGACCAUCUUGCAAAAUUUUUAUGACGCUUCUAGAGAUGCUGACCCUGAAGCCGAUAAAAUCAGAGUGAUUAAGGCAGCUGCUGAUCUCAUAAAAACGGACAUCAAAAGUAAGGACAUCUCUAAACGUUUUUAUCCAUUACCUGGAGAGAUUUCGUCUUUGGAUGAAAACUGCGCUUUUCUACCUGAAACGUUGUAUUUGUUUCUGAGAACAAUAUUUAACGAAAAGAGUGCAGAGCGAAAGAUUGCUUCCAUAGGGCAAGCCAUUAUUCAAGCCGCUCGGCCCAGGGUCCUGAUAGCUCCUCUUCAAAUCGGCCUGGCAGUCCAAAUGCACCACCAUUAUGGAUCCAAAUUUUUAAUUGAUUCCUUGAAUAGUCAUGGGUUUUGCUCCUCUUACACUGAAGUUAAGAAAUUUGAAAUGAGUGCGGCGCAAACAAAAGGCACAGAUAUUCCUGGUUUAACCCCUGGUCACUUUGUACAAUAUGUAGCAGAUAAUGUAGACCACAAUGUCUGUACGUUGGACGGACAGAACACUUUUCAUGGUAUGGGGAUAAUAGCUGCUGUUACUCCGGCCACGCAUCCAGAUUCUCCAAUACCGAGGUGUUCCACCACAGCUGCAGAGAUAGCAAAUAUUGGAAAGAUUGAUAUUCACUAUUACAAGACGGCUAAUGAUGUCAAAGUGCCUUUGGUUUAUGAGAAACUGCCAUGUCUUUCUAAGGUCAAUAAAACUUGGAAGUUAGACUUUCUCUGCAGUUUAGUUUGGCCAAUUCGAUCCCCCAAGCCAAAUUGGUCUGGAUUAAUGCAGACUAUAAGCAAAGGAAGCCAUCCCGGAAAAUCUUCUGUUACAUUCUUACCAAUGAUUGACAUGGAUCCAACAAACAUGAGCUGUAUAUAUUCAACGCUUAAAUUUGUAGAAGCACAAUGUAAAAGACAACAUACCACGCCUAUUAUUACAUUCGACCAACCCUUGUGGUGGAAAGCGCAGCUUAUCGUAGAGAGUGAACCACCAGACAGUGAACUGCGCUCUAUAAUACUUCGUCUUGGAGGAUUCCACGCAGAAAUGAGUUUUCUUGGUUGCAUAGGCAGCAUUAUGUCUGGUUCUGGUAUUGAAGAACUUUUAGAGUGUGUGUAUGCUUCAAAUACGGUGGGACACAUGCUUAGCGGCAAAGCUGUUCAAAGGGCAUUCAGAGGACAUUUACUAGUGGAAAAUGCUCUAAAUGCAAUUCUCACCGCCGAUGCCUUCAAUUUAAGUCUACCUAAGGCGUGUUUUGCCAAGAAUUAUGAAGAGGGAGAGCUUGUGAAAGAUCGAAGGCAAACAGUUCCAGUACUCGACAGCGUUGUAGUUGAGCGCGAUGUUCUUAAUGUUGCAGACACAGAGCCAGUGAACCGCGGGGACCGAAGUCAAACAGUUCCAGUACUCGACAGCGUUGUAGUUGAGCGCGAUGUUCUUAAUGUUGCAGACACAGAGCCAGUGAACCGCGGGGACCGAAGUCAAACAGUUCCAGUGCCCGACAGCGUUGUGGUUGAGCGCGAUGUUCUCAAUGUUGAAGACACAGAGCCAGGGAAACUCAGCGACCCAAGGCAAACAGUUCCAGUGCCCGACAUAGUUGUGGUUGAGCGCGAUGUUCGAUAUGUUGAAGACACAGAGGCAGUGAAACGCGGGGAACCAAGGCAAACAGUUCCAGUACCCGAAAAAGUUGUAAUGG